UGAGUCCACACCUUCUGGUUUGAGAUCUGUCAUAUGACUUCCAUUUCCUGGUACUGUCGGAGUCAUCCCAAACACCGCUGACUGAGCGUCCUUGUUGGUUUCUUGAUCUUCUCUCCGGUGGACACUCUAAAAUCCUGGGCGAUCAUGUCUCGAUAUGCUACAUUUGUUUUAUUCCUCACCCUUGGAAUUGCGUUCCAGCUGUCACAUGGCACUGAGGUGAAUGUCAGAGACAAAACCAACCAGUUAUGCCUCUUUGCCAAUCUAAUGGUCAACUUUUCAGUCUCAUAUGAAGUAGCUGACAAUAAGAGUGCAACAGUCGAGUUUGAACUUCCAGCUAAAGUCACAGAUGAAAGUACAUGUGGUGACACAAGCUCAACGCUGAAGCUUAAUUUUGGAGAAGGUCACUCCUGGAGUGUGAACUUCACCAUCAAUGGAAAAAUGUACCAGGCAGACACCAUCGUAUUUUCCUACAACCUCAGUGACACAACAGUCUUCCCUAAUUCUGUAUUAAACGAAACCGAAACUGUUGCCGUGAAGACUCACAUAACUGAUGUAGGAGUGGACACCUGCUACUCAUGCAAGAGUAAAGACACGAUCGAAGCCGAUAAGGUCAACCAGACGCUGUGGAACGUGCUCAUACAGGCUUUUGUCACUAACAACCGCACAAGUAAAAACAUUACUUCUUGUGCUGCCGAUGUACCCACAACUCCUGUUGCCCCCACCACUCAUGCCCCCAGUACUACCACUGCAGCUCCAGUCACAAACUCCACUACCACUGCACCCACAACCACCCCGACCCCCACCCUCCCCACACCCACCACUGGGAAGUACAGCAUCAAGCGUGAUGAAAACAGCACAGCCUGUCUGAUAGCCAACAUUGGCCUGCGGAUUGGUUUCAAGCAAGAACAGAUGAACUUUGAUCCAAACGGGACCAAAGUCUCUGGAUCAUGUGGAGUCAACAGCAGUGAGCUGAUACUGACAUCCAACACAAUGACCAUCAUGCUCACUUUCACCAAUGACACAAAGAAAUUCCGCCUACAUGCUCUGAACUUCACGAAAAAUACAAGCUCUGGUGAGUUUUCUGAAGCAAACACCAACCUGAGUCUGUGGGAGGCAGCUGUCGGCACCUCUUACAUGUGUAACAAGGAGCAGAACUACACCAUCACCAGCCAACUCACCCUCUACACCUUCGACCUUCAAGUACAGCCAUUUGGAGUCAAGAAUGGUGUUUUCAGCACAGCCCAUGAAUGUUCUUUGGAUGACACCAGCAUCUUAAUCCCAAUCAUUGUUGGGGCUGCUCUGGCCGGCUUGAUUCUCAUUGUAGUGAUUGCUUAUGUGAUUGGUCGAAGAAAGACUUACGUUGGAUAUCAGACCCUUUAAAUCCAGUUUGCAAUCAAUAUUACGGGGUUCCCAAGCCUGGUCCUUGGGUUUCGUAUGCAAUUGUUUAAUUGGCAAAUAACUUAAAAAAAUCUAAAUCUAAACUAAAGUCUCUGCUGGGAAAACAUGAGAUGCAGUAUUGAAGUUAUUGGCCGUUAUGAGACAUGAAAUGCACAUGGAGCAUUAAUGAUCCUAUAAUAAGGAGUGAAAAUUAAUUUUCAUUAUUUUUUUUUAUUUUUUUUCAAGGACCAAACUUGUCUACCCCCAAUGUUUUGUUUCUUUUUUGUUGUUUUCUGGAUGUCUUGUCUUUCCUUUUUUGUUGUUAAUGAGCAAGUGCAACAUCCAUACAACCUUUUUUUUAUUUAAGUAGUUAUAAUCACAUGACAGGUUUCUACACAGGUACAGUACACUUCAACAUUUACAAAAGCCUCUGGACAUUAAUUAGUUUGAUGCAUUUUUAGCACAAGAUGUGUGACCAUUUAAAUUGGUUGCUGUAGGAUCUUGCACUUGCUCUGCAGACAUUCCCUUUUUGUUUUAUUUUGUUAUUAUUUUUAUCUUUGUGCACAUUUUUGUUUUUACUUCCUUUAUGGUUCGACUGUUCAUCCCCAUAAUUAUCAGACCUAAAGGAAUGAUCAUUUUCAACACAAUUUUUCCACAAAUCAAAGAAAGAUGAUUAAUCAGUUUUCUUUAUUCCCAGAAAUUAAUUUACAAGGAUGAAAGUCUACUCCAUUUUGAAAGUAUUGAAGGAAAAUAUGCUUUAACACCAUGUUUGCCCCUGUAGAGCAGGAGAAACAUUGGAAUUAUUGUCCUGAUUAUGCGGCUCAAAUCAUAUUUGGAAUGUGUGUUAAAAUGAAUAGACCUUUUUCAUGGAGGACAUUUCGGCAUUAAAGCCGUACAAGUCCAGGUGGAACUAAUGACCUUAACUAUGGCUCACUUACAUUUCGGUGACAAAUCGUCGUUAGUGUUAUUAAUUACACCUCUGCUUUGCCUGCUGGACCAUGUCAAAAUGUCUGCUGUUUUAAAAGGUCUCUCUUAUAUUUGCACAUGCUCCAGUCAGAGAAUAAAUCUGAGGAAAAAAAAAAAGGUCAACUGUUUUUUUUUUUUUUUUUCUCACACAAUACAUUUUGGCAUUAGGUUUAGAAAAGGGAGAGUUAUGUUGUGUAGAUAUUCGCUUUCAUGAGGCUAUUUACGUAUAAAUGCACUAAGGCACUCUUCACAUUUUUGCAUUAUGUUGAGACUGUUUUACAUUAUCUCAACUGUGUAUAGGCGUAGGCUUGGCCUGAGCUUUGAGGGCUGCAGCUGGAUCAGGGCACCUUAAAGCCCCUGAAAACGUUAAUCUGAAGUAUUUCUCUGUAACAUUAAAUAUAAUUACUGAACGAGCAACAAUCAAAGGUAAAUUUCAGAAUGUGACCUGUGGUAUUUCAUGAAGAGUAUAACACAGGAAUAGUUUUGUGAUAUUGGCUUUCUCGCCAAGAGUAAGAUAAGAAGAUUGAUACCACUCUCUGUCUGAUAAAUUUGAAGCUACAUCCAAGAGACAGUUGGUUUGUGUUAAAUCUGUACAAAAAACCCCAAAGUAAAAAUGGCAUAUGGUUUGAGCAAAAAAUGGUAUUUUCUUUAAAAGCUCGGCGUAUUUGCUCCAUCAGGACCUUGUGGGUGUGGUUUGAUCUUUUUUUGUUCGAGUACUGGAAAAGAACCUAACAACCCCACAUCUGUCUUUAAAAAGUUAGGAAAACCACUGAAGUAAGUGAUAUAAUCUCGUGUGAAAUAGACAAAGUUGUUGGCAGAAAGUUGUGUUAUCACGUAAUCACUCAUAGUAAGAAGCUGGAAGCAGGUUUUCAGGAGCUUUAAAGUCAGGGAAUUAGUGCAGGUUGCAUUGAUGCAGUAUCAGGGAUGAAGGCAAUCCCCAGAAUGUGUAUUUCUGUAAUAUUAGAAAGCCAAUGGUACACAUGGUAGGAGCUGUGUAUUGUUGCUUAAUUCGAGCAGAGUGCGGUGUACUGUUAGCCUUGUUCCAACUUUUCAGUACUGGAGCAAAGCAGGCAGAAAUAGCUGCAUUUUUUUAGUUGCUUAUAAAGUUAGCUUUCCCAGGACAUUGUACAUGUGUGUGAGUAAUAGUUCCAAAUCAAAUACGAGCUUUGAUUUUUGCUUGUGAUUGAUGCUGUCUUGUGUAUUUCAGCUUUGAACAAACUCUGUUGCCUUAAUUAUGAAGAUGGUUUUGCAGCACUGGUGUACAUGUGUGUUAAAACAUUUUCUCAAUGUUCAACUCCCUUGUUCUCAAUAAAUCAUCUAACAGGUUUAUCAUGACGACUGUGCCUUGCUUAAUGAUACGGUUUUGUUUUGUUCAUUCAAUAAUUGCUAAUACAGUUAAGAGAUCAUUUUGGUAACUUUGAGAACAUUGCACAUACAUGUUCAGUAAAGGGAAUUUGUGCCGCAAGACCAUCUAGUUAAAAAUGAAUUAAUGUGUGUUAUGUGGAAAGAAGUAAUUACAGAUUUCAUCUCCAUUCACUCAAGCUGUUAGCUAUAAAACAUUGGAUUAUAAAUUGUGUGUCAGACUAAAGUGGAGCUUUUAGUCUUUUAAGAUUUAUGGAAAUAAAAAUGUAUUGCUGCCUUGGA